UGGUGUAGAAACAAAUCAGAAAAGAAAAUUGUCCUUUUAGUUUUAGAAAAUCACGAGAUUUUGAUCUAGAAAAUGUAUUUCAAUUCAGUUGGAGUUCCAGAAUGUCCAAACUGGACAGGAUUCAGUCUGAUUAUGCCUGCUGUUUCAGUAGGGAAUAUAGGACAACUGACCUGUGACCUACUUAUCAACACUCUCAAGCUAACAAAGAUGGGUUGUUUCUCAGACCAGUCUCUACAACCUCUCUGUGGAAAUGAUGCAUUCCAUUCUACAGGAAUUGCAGCUGGAAAAUUGGUCACUAGUGCUGAAGUUUUUGAGUCACAGGAAAAGAAAAUAGUUGUGAUCCAACAGAGGGCUGCUCUUGUACAGGGGAGAGCUGGUGAGUUUAGGAGAAAGCUGAUAGAGUGGAUCAAAGAGAAAGGCUUCUCUAGGGUCAUUUUGAUCACAUCUUGUUUUGCUUACGAGAAAACAGAUGCUAUCAUUCAGAGCAACACAUGUAGGUAUCUCAUGACGCCAUCCCUAGAGGCAAAGAAAGAUGAGUUUGUGUCAAACCUCCUCAAGUAUCCUCAGCUGGAGAAGAAACCUGCAGAGGAGGGUUUGGAGUUGCCUAGGCAACCGGAUGACAUUCCAGAGGCAGCACGAGACAUCCGUCUUUCUGGAGGAGGCAUUGCUAAAAAGCUCUUUAUUGAUUGCUGUAAGGAGGAUGUACCUAUGGCUGUGUUACUCCUAUUCUGUGCAGAAGGAGACAACACACCCCACGCGAUGAUGAUGGCUUCAUUCACCAAUGCCCUUCUUCAUCUCAUUCCAGAGCCCACCAAGCUCCCUGCUGGUACGCCGCCAUGGAAAGCCAUGUGGAGACCUCCUGCCUCCUGGACAAUGCUUUUUGGAGGCCCAGUCGAUCCAACCAUUUACUGAUUCUACACGCUCCACCCAUUCUCUCUUUUUUCCUCUCUCCAUCUCAUAUCGUGUUAUUCAUCUUUCGCUCUCAAUUUAUAAAUAAAAUUUCAAACUGAUACAAUAUUUCAUGUAUUUAUCUUCUAUCUAUAAAAAAAA